AUGGCAUAUAGGUUCCUCUCCAGCCGAGUUGCGCCGUCCGCAAACAAGCAAACGCGAAGAUUUAUUUUCAUAUUUACCUUAUCCCUGUCCUUUACUUAUUUAUGCUAUAGCAUCAUAUUCUACUCGGACACCAUCAUGCAAAGCCAGAGUUAUGAAGAGCAUAGGUGCCUCCUCUUCCAGAAUAUAGGGAGCAAAAAACUUCUCCAAAAAUCACAGUGCACUAUGCGCCCGGACACCAAAGUUAUCAUGGGCGACACAUCGGGUGUCCGUCUUGAUCACCGGGAAGAAACUCCUGAUCGCAACUUAACCAAAAACGCCGAUUCACGCAGUACACAGCAGCGCGGUAUUAAUCAGACUAAUCGGAGAUCGAUUAAUAUCACCGUCGUCCCAAAACAUGGAAACAAGAAAUUACCCAAUGCCCUGAUCGUCGGCGUUAAGAAAGGGGGGACCAGAGCGGUGCUGGAGUUUAUAAGGAUCCACCCAGACGUUCGAGCGGUUGGAACAGAACCACAUUUCUUUGACAGAAAUUAUGAUCGAGGUUUAGACUGGUACAGGGGCUUGAUGCCGAGGACUCUGGACAGCCAGAUCACCAUGGAGAAGACGCCCAGCUAUUUUGUGACACUGGAGGCUCCGAGACGGAUCUCCAGCAUGUCCCGGGACACCAAGCUGAUUGUGGUAGUUCGCAACCCUGUGACAAGGGCUAUCUCAGACUACACCCAGACCCUAUCCAAGAAGCCCGACAUCCCCAGCUUCGAAGACCUGGCCUUUAAGAACAGGAGCCUGGGGACGGUGGACACCUCCUGGAAUGCCAUCCGCAUCGGCCUCUACACGCUACACCUGGAGAACUGGCUUCAGUACUUCCGGCUCUCCCAGAUGCACUUCGUCAGUGGCGAGCGGCUGAUCACGGAUCCGGCCGGAGAGCUGGGCCGGGUGCAGGAUUUCCUGGGGCUCAAACGCAUCGUCACAGACAAGCACUUUUAUUUUAACAAGACUAAAGGCUUCCCCUGCCUGAAGAAGCCAGAGAGUAGCAGCUCACCGCGAUGUCUAGGCAAGUCGAAAGGGAGGCCUCACGUACAGAUCGACCAGGACAUCAUCGAACAGCUGCAUGACUUUUAUAGACCAUAUAAUAUAAAAUUUUAUGAAACGGUUGGACAUGAUUUCAGGUGGGACUGAAGAAGGAGGAACGUGGGUCUCUGUUUACUAUAACCUGGAUCAUAAAGGUUGGGGGGGGGGGUAUUUAUUACAAUUUAUUGAUGUGUCAGUCUGUCCAUAGUAAGCAUUUCAUCAGUACUGUAUAGACCAGGGGUGGGCAAUCUAAUCCAGAAAGGACCACUGUGUCUGCAGGUUUUUGCUGCACCUGCCUAAUUAGCUUAAUAAUUAGAGGACUGAUUGGCUGAAGAGUCCUCACACCUGGGUUUGAACAGCUGACCUACAGGUUAUCCCAAAAACCUGCAUACACACCGGCCCUUUGCGGAUAAGAUUGGCUACCUGGUAUAGACAGUAUAGGCUGUCGGUUAAUCAGCUUUAAGCAGUCAUAAGUUUUUUUUUCCCUUUUCUCUUCUUUUAAUCAGUUUCAAAUCUCCCAUGGUGAGGGUAUAGAUAGAUCCCACUGUUUUUCUUUUCCUCUUUUCCUUCUUUUAGCUGGAUCAGGAAUAUGAGAAUCACUAAGUGCUUAUUCAUGCCUAAUGGCAAACUCAUUGUUUUACCAUUUCUGUAGAACUACCACACAAAGGGUAAAUGGUUUUCUUAAGACUUUUUUUCAUUAUUCUGUCUUACCAAAAGUUCUAAGUUAUGACUGUUUUUAAUCCUUUACUUUUGCCAGAAACUUCUGCCAUUAUUAAACAAUCCUAUGUCCUGCACAAUUUAAUUUAAUCAAUAAAAUUAUAAUGAGUAAUUGUGGAAGGUAUAGCUAAUUUUGUCUGUGUCAUCCAUUAAAUCACAACAAAGAAAUAUUGAAAGAACUUAAACACUAUUCCUAGUUUGGGGUCUAAGAAAACAUCAAAUUGUGCUACUGCUUUUACCUGUAGUUUCUAACUUUUGUAUUUCAUCAAUAUGCUACUUUAGGUUACAAGACAUCAAAGUACUAUACUCUCACAGAUAGAGGCCCAUAACUUGUG